UCGAAUCUAACUUCAGCGUAGUAUAAAUGGCUGAAGGAGGCAUAAUACGUGAUGCACCAGGAGGGAUCCCUAGCCAAUGCAGUGUGUCCAGCAGUCAUGGUCUGCUUCAUUUUGAACUUUUCUCUGAAGAGACAUGUACUCUGAUGAAUAUUCUGGGUUAUGGGCCUCACAUCCGAAAGGCGAGGAGUGACGCCUACAUGGCUUAUGGCAGGAAUAUUACAAUGCAGACGUGUUCUACAUGUUUCACUACGGGUAGCAAGGCUGAGGGUCUGACCAGAAUAAUGGAAAGUGAUCUAGACUUAAUGUGUGUUCCAACAAAACAUGACAUCUGUUUAGAAGAAGGUGUUGAUUCCAGUAACGUUCCUUGGGAGAAAAACAUAUUUAGAUCAUGCAGUCGUCUUAGUUACCCUGGACACUGUAGACUUUUCUUAGAGAGAUACGGUAUAAUUAUGUCUCAUUUCUUGUACAAUGCCUUGUGUGAUGAUGGACAUGGUCGCAUAUUCUUAAGCAGUGACUUAUAUGUUAGUUCCGGGUUGAACAUUGUUGAUCCGAGAGGAGUCGUAGUAAGUCAUGGGCGUGCCGGACCGUCAGUUCCAAUGUCACAUGGUGGUAUUGAACAAGAUUUAGUGUGUGCGUUGCAGUAUGACUGCCCUAGCAUCCUAACACGAUGGGCGGCAAGACCUCGCAGCUGGCCAUCACCUGAUGUCGUGAAAGAGGUUGUAUCACUUGGAGCAUUUCUUGCUCCUGUUGGGGUUAAAGGCAGCGAUUAUGAAUGUGUUGAAUGGAGAAUCUGUUUCAACACCGGGGAAAAUGUACUGAUACAUAAUCUUAACGACACUCAGGGGAAACUGUAUGUUCUAUUAAAAAUGGUGAAGAAGGAUGUCUUAAAGCCACAAAAGAAAGAAGUUACAUCGUUCACGAUGAAAAACAUUGUAUUAUGGAUAGCAGAAAAUAACCCGCAGUCAUUGUUUCAUGAAAGAAGUCUUUUUCACUGGCUUCAUGAAGGAUUACAUGCGCUAAGAGUUGCUUUAGCUACGCAAGAGCUGCCUUAUUUCAUGAUUCCUGAGCGUAAUCUGAUUGGAGCCCGUGCUCUGGAGCAGGAGCAGAAGCUUUCUUGGAUAGCUACUAUUGAUGAAAUGAUGGAAGAAGGUCCACGGAUCAUAUUGAGACUACCGAAGAUACGACAAGCUCUUAUCGCUCACCCUGAGCCACUACGAUGGUACAGCGGGAGGAAAAUAGAGAUGGAAAUAUUGGAGCUGAUACAUCGGAACAGACUCGCCCUCGGCAUGGAUGAAGGGACGGAUUUUAUUAUGCAGGCAGUACGCAGACGUGAGAAGGAAAUUGUUAAGGAGGUUAGGAUGAGGAUGAUUUUGGAAGGGUGUCGAGUAAAUAAUCUACUGAAUGUAUUUGAUUGGAUGUUGAUGUAAAACGAGUACACAUAUCAAGAGCCAGUUGACUUGCACUUGCAACUCACAUAUAUAGAUGUAAGGAGUUAACGUCUGUUGGUAAUUGAUAUUUAUUGUUUGGCAGAAUACAUUGGAAAUGUAAACUUCGUUAACAAAACAGUUCAUAUAAAAUUGUGAAAAAUGUUGUAUUGUUCCUAUAAUGUAUAUAAAAUGACGAAACGAUGAUGAAGUGCUGAUUUAAAACAUUGAUCACAUUUCACGAUAAAAUAAUUUUCAAACAAGUGGGCUCUCGUAAAAUCGUAUCCCCAUGUUGUAUGCUAUCUAGUGUCUUACACUAUGUCAAUAUGUGUUUUGUUAGACAUGCCUUAAUGUAAUAGUUGUAACCCAAAUCAACAUAAAGUUAAUGUGCAAGCAGGUUUAAUAUGUCUGCCAAUAUAAGAUAACAACAUGCCACUACUUCUCCAUUAAGUAUAAAGAUGUGUUUUUGUACUUUCUAAUUAAAAGUAUUUUUGGGAACCUUUCAUCGAUACUACGAAACGAUGCACCCUUGUACCAUGCUCUAUAUUAGCUUGUACGUCAUGACGAUGUUCAUGUCAAGAUGGGUUGAAAAUAUGUUAAACAGGCUUGUGUUCUUUGAUCAAACGUCCGCAAAUUUAUUUCGUUAAGAUGUUGCUUCAAAGGUUAACCUGAAAUGCCAUUGUCGAGAUACGAUUUCAUGAAUCUUACUUCUGAAUUGUAUAUGUGGUUAUUGCGUGCGCUUGAAAAUCAUUUACGCUAAUUUGCUAAGAAUUUAAUAACACAGUUAGUAUAGAUUAACCUUUUAACCCAUUUUGUUGUUGAUGCUUAAUUUUGCAGUUGAUGUAUCAAACAGUUUAUACUGUAUUUUAUCCGUGAAUUAUAUAUAUUUUGUUUUUUGUCAUAAAUAUGGAUAUAUACCUAUAUAUCUGCCUUUAGUACAAGUUCCGUCUAAAAAGCAUUUUGACGUGUUUGUAGUUCCUUAUUUAAUCAAGUUAAUUUGAAGACCUUUCUUACUAUGUUGAAUUAUAAAAGGCCUAAUUUUCACCAUUUGAUACUGGUGAGCAGCCUGAAUAGUUCCCUUCCAUCCUACAACUGCACAGUUCAUACCGGUCGGUCCCAAAGAACCGCUACUUGAACACGAUCAUUCUCACCAGAUUACCGUCCUUGACGAGGAAUCCCUUCCGGUGUUUCCAUGGACGAUAUGGAGGAAAGCCAGAGCUUCUAUCUGACCCCAAAGUUGGGCGCGACGUUGAUGUUUAACUAAAAAACUUUUCUUGUGAAGGAAACGAGAGUUUGAAGUGAACAGUUGACUAUGAAAAGGUAUAUAUGAAAAGUUAAAUGUGAAACAUUGAAUUGUAAAUAUUUCGUGUGAAAUGUUUAACGUGAAAGUAUUAUUGUUAACGAAACAAAAGUUCAAUGUGAACGGUGUAAUGUGAAAUGUUUAAUUUGAAAUGUAAAUUAUGUAGAGUUUGAUGUGA